GUGGCCGCAGCAGGAUUGGGACUGGCGGCGGGAGGGAGGAAGAAAGGAAAGGGAGGAUGCAGGCGGCGCCCGGGGCCAUGGCGGCCCGGCCCUUCAAGCUGAGGAAGAGUUUCGCCACCCGCCUGGAAGAAGUAGCAGGAAUCCGGGCGAAGUUCCCAACAAAAAUCCCGGUGAUUGUUGAGCGAUACCAUAAAGAGAAAUACCUUCCUCUCCUGGACAAAACCAAGUUUCUGGUUCCCGAGGAGCUGACCAUGACACAGUUCAUAACCAUCAUCAGAAGCAGGAUGGCUCUAACUGCUACACAAGCUUUCUACCUGCUGGUGAACAACAAAAGCCUGGCCAGUAUGUCUUUGACAAUGGCAGAAGUGUACAGGGACUACAAAGAUGAAGAUGGCUUUGUAUAUAUGACCUAUGCUUCCCAGGAGAUGUUUGGAUGCUUUUUGACCACUGCUCAAGGGAAAACUAUGGAAUGUUUUCAGAAAACUUAAGGUUGGGUCCAUGUGCUGCAGCAAAGCAGUUUGCUAUGAAUCGUGCCUGUGACAUGAACCUUGGAGAUGCUCCUUCCACUGUGAGCUCUUGAGCUUUGUAGUGAGGAGUUAUGACCCAAAAGCUGGCAGGACCAGCUUAAGGCAGAAAAGGUGGUACACUCUUCCUAGGUAAUCAUUUGGAUAUAUAUUUUUAUAUUUCAAGACACUAUGGGUUUUUUUUUUUUGAACUGCACCUCCACUUUUUUGCAAUAUCAAUCUUUGUUGUGUAACUGAUUUUUAAGGUGCCCUUGAAGCCAAG